UAAUAAUGAAAUUUUGGAUUAAAUUAAGUUUGGAAUCAAGUUAAAUAAAUAAUAUCCCACAACAUCAUGGGGCGUAUUAAUACUUUAUUUCAUUUACUCGAUUAUUUUAACUACUUUCAUCCUUUUUCCACAUUAAAGUUGAAAAUGUCUCACGGCGCCAGCAGAUAUAAAAAGGCGCACGCCAAAAUGCGCUGGAAAUGGAAGAAGAAGAGGACGAGGCGUUUGCAGAGGAAGAGGCGGAAGAUGAGGCAGAGGUCAAGAUAAAUAUUUAUUCGCCUCGGCUAUCUCUUUAGUUAUUUCCCUCUUUGUCUCUUCUAACAUCCAAUACAUUAAUUCUAUUACUCUUUC